UUUCUUCAGUUAUAGGGUUGCUAACAUUUGGAAUUCCCUGCGCCAGAGAGCUACGGAUACUCUGUCAUGCCAUGUUUGAGCCAAAGAUUGAUAGAUUUUUGGAUACUAAGGGGAUCAAGUUUGGAUAAGUUUGGUUUUACACAUUUCCUUCCUCCCCCACUAGAAAAACAACACUAAGUUCUGUGUUGAAAUUGAGCUAUCAAGAUAUUGUGUUUCUGCCACUCAAAUAAUGCAAAACCGUAAAAACAUGUUUCCUGGCUUAAUUUUAUCUUAACUGCGGUAAAGCAAUGUCCUUUUACAUAGAAUUCCUGCCAUUUGGUGUUAGUGCAGUAAAGAAGCUUCUCCUUGGUGUUACAUUUCUCUGCUUGUGCUGUCUAUUAUGUCAGUUGUUAGAACUUUUUGUACCAUUUUACAAGUCAGCACAUAGGAGUGGUGGUGAUUAGGACUGAACAUUGAAUUCUUAAUGUGUGUUCUUAAUCAAGUACAAAUAAUGUGAAUCUAUUUAUCUUACUAAUUUAUUAUGCCACCUUUCUGUCAUUGAAAUUUUCCAUAAAACGAGUCCAUAUCAGUGAUAGUAGGAACUGCCGAUGCUGGAGUCUGAGAUCAGUCCAUAUUAGUGCCGCUUUUGUAUGUUAGAAUUUGAAUUCCGUAAAAGUCUGAGAUUAAGGGUCUAAUAAUGACCAUGAAACCGUUGCCGAUUGUAAGGAAACCCAACACAUAGUUCACUAAUGUCCUUUAGGGAGGGAAAUCUGCCAUCCUUACCCGGUCUGGCCUACAUGUGACUCCAAACCUAUAUAAGCAAUGUGGUUGACUCUCAUCUGGGCAGUUAGGGAUGGCCAAUAAGCACUGGCCUGGCCAGUGACAUCCACAUUCCAUGAAUGAAUCAAAAAAAUUUCAUAAUCAGACAUCAGUACAAGUUUUGCAGUUAAGUUUAUUUUCAUAAUUUUAUUCCUCCUUAACCCACCAUGCAGAUAUUUCAUUUUCUGCCGUGAAUCCAUCCCGGGCUAUGGAUCUUGGCCUCGGUGUGCUGUGUGAACUACUACAGAUCUGGAAUAAAACUUCCGUCGGAAUUGUAACCCUAAUGGAAUGGAUGCUGGGAGAAGAUGAUAUGGAAGGAGAUGCAACAAAUGAAAAUGUGGAAAAUUAUGACCUGCUUUUUGAUAAAGGCGAAUUUAACCUUUGGGCAGAAAAGAUUAUGUUUGCCAAUCUACUCCAGAAGCAUCUUUUAAACCUCAUCUCCCAGUCACACUUGGUUCCAGAUUACGAAUCAGGACUCCACCAGUUAACAACGAUGGCUGCCAACCAAGCCCAGCGUGUAGCAUGGCUCUUAAAGGGCCUACCACCUGCACCAGAAUUUUCUAGAACAGCAGACUACACAAGGCUAAGCAUUCAAAAACUGAAACUUUUGAAUGUAGCCAAGCUACUGAGCUUGUUUGGAUUGGGUGCUGUUAUUACAGAACAUUUCUGAAGUGAAUGAUCUCAUUAUUUGACUUGGCCAGAAACUGAGGAAAAACAGAUCAACUGAAGCAAACUCAUGACAAAGAGAGGCUUGUUGGGACUUGAAAAGGCUGUAUCCUAUGGAUGUGUGUGUCUUACCACAUGAAGAUUUUUGUGCCAACAGUAAUUACAUGACAGCUAUUUCCUCAUUUCACUGUUGAACACUGGAUUGUAUUGGCAGCAAAAAUGAACUUUUGUUCAUGCCGAAGUAAUGGUUUGUGCACACACCUGUAAUUCAGAAUUAUACAUUAUAAAUAGGACAAGGGAAAAGUAUGGAUCAUUAAUCAUUCAAGUGUUCUAUGUCAUAUUUUAAUCAAAUAAAUUGAAGUGUAAUUUUUAAUUUA